UCACAGUGACUUUUAAAGUUUGGUCUCAGUACAUCCGUGUUGUUGAAGCUUACCAUUCGCCCAUUAUGAGCAGGCUGUUGAGUUUGAGUGGGAUGCAUUUUUGACGUUAAGAUGAGUCCACCUCUUUGCUUUCACGGCCCACUGGCCACGCCCCAGCUCCGUUUGAUGCAUCCACUCUCCGGCACCCUCAUCAUCCAACUCACAGUCUGCGCAGGCCAUCAGCUCGGCAUCACGUCCCAGCGCAACAGAUUUUUUUUUUUUUUUGUGCCACAUAACUGCCAUUCGUCAGAGCGUGUGAAGCCCUAUAGAGAGCAUGAACCUCAGUCUUCCUGACCAGAACAUGCACAGCUCAGGCGAAGGCUGCCUAGACGACGACAAGCCUGAUGUCAUGUUGCCUUGCUUCCGCAGAAACAUGUACGACGAGCCUCUGGCCUCAUUCUCAAGCGGAUCCAUCAUUUCCCAGCUCCUCCGCAAGACAAUCCACAACAAGAGGGCACUUGAAGAAAGCCAUUUCUACCUCUCCAGCUCCGCUGCUGCUGACUCCGGCCAGGAGGAUCAGAGCAGCGUCUCCUCAAAAGACAGUACAAUGGAAGCUGCCUCCCCGAGUGGUCACGCCUCUACAGCAGCCAGCCCAGAGGUAGAGCAUCCCAUGGCCGAUCACCUGCAGGCCAAGAGGGCCCGAGUGGAGAACAUUAUCAGGGUCAUGGCCGGCUCUCCCAACAGCAGGCAGCAUGGGGACAGUGAGCGGUCCGACACAGAUGCCAGAGACACCAGGGAGGCCAGGGAAGCAUACAGGGAGAACAAACGUAAGCAGAGGUUGCCCCAGCAUCAAGAACACAGCAACACAGGACAGUCGAGCAGGAAACCCGGAAGUAGCAGCAGUGACAACUGCAACACGAAAGACGAGGAGUGUCACAAGUUGAAGGAGCAGCUCCACAGCAUGCAAAGGCUCCUGCGUCAGCUCCAGGAAAAGUUCCUUCAGGUUUACAACCAGGAAGAUCCCGAUUACGACAGUAGAGAUGAGACAGAAGCUGGUGUCGAGCAUGACAUCAUGGGAGAAAGUGAGUCAUGUUACAUUAGUGCUGAAGAUGAUUUUGAGAGAAAGAGCAGCAGGAUGGCUGUAGAGCGUAAGGACCGGAUGAAAGUAGUUGAUUAUCUGGUACACCAAAGAGAAAGCCAGAACCUACAGGAAACCCUGAAGCAGGAGCUCUCCAGAGCUGUUAAUGAUUGCGUGGACAGGGUGUUCAAGAAGGUGUCUCCUGUAGGGCUGGACCUGUCCCCUCAGCAGCGUAUGUGCUCCUCGCCGGAGAUGCAGCUCAGUGUGGGCGCGGACAGGAAGAGCCAACAGGCCAGUGCCACCCUUGAGCAGCCCCAGCCCGAGGAGGCUGCGGCGAAAUCCCGGUCGUUGGAGUUCUAUGAAAGCUCAGAGGCCCAAAGCCCACAGGACCAGACGGAGGCGCUGUCGCUGGUGGUCCGCAAGCCAACGGCGACACCCCUGAGCUCAGUCACGCCGACAGUGAAGCGGCCCUACCCUGUGCACCAAACGCCCUUUCAGUUCAAUUACAGCACCCCCCUGCAUGACAGCCACAUCCUCGAGCACCUUCUCAAGUAUGGGCCCCACUCCAACUUCGGGGGUCUGCCUUGCAUGCCCCCAUCUAUGGACAGGACCUCCCCAGACUCAGUGGACCUGCCCUGGGACACCAUCGCCAUGAGGUCCAAGGUGACAUCCAGCCACCUCAGCCACCACGCCCGUCCUUCCUCUCUGGGUGCAGUGACGGUCGACGGUCUGUGCCUCCCUCACGUGAAGAUCGAGUGUGGUGAGCUGCAGAGCAUGGCUGAGCGAAACCCCUACAUGUCUCUCAACAUCCAGGAGGGGCUCACCCCGAGUCAUCUGAAGAAGGCGAAGCUCAUGUUCUUCUACACCCGCUACCCGAGCUCCAAUGUGCUGAAAACCUUCUUCCCUGACGUCAAGUUCAACCGCUGCAUCACCUCUCAGCUCAUCAAGUGGUUCAGCAACUUCCGGGAGUUCUACUACAUCCAGAUGGAGAAGUUCGCCCGCCAGGCCAUCGUCGACGGCGUCAGCGAAGUCAAAGACAUCACGGUUAGCAGGGACUCGGAGCUCUUCCGGGCCCUGAACAUGCACUACAACAAAGCCAACGACUUCCACGUUCCCGACAGGUUCCUGGAGGUCGCUGAAAUCACCCUGCACGAAUUCUACAACGCCAUUUCCGCGGCCAAAGAUUCAGACCCCUCCUGGAAAAAGGCCAUUUACAAGGUCAUCUGCAAGCUGGACAGCGACGUCCCGGACGAGUUCAAGACAUCUUCCUACUUAUAAUGUACAGGUGAUGGAACAAGUGAACCCGUGUUAUUUCAUCAUUUCUUGUAGUGCAUUUUAGUGAAGUGACAUGUAAAAAAAUCCUCCGACUCGUGCCAUUUGAAAAGUGAAAUAUUGUGCUCGGCUUUUACUGAAAAAAAGCAAAAAAAAAAAAAAAAGGGCAAACAAUAAUAAAUAGUAAUGCUCUUGUUAUUGUUUAGCAUUUGUAUGAUGUAUUUAGAGAGUUACUGAGUUUGUAGGUGUGUAAAAAUGUUUUCAAAGAUGUAACCAUUCAUAGUGUAGCCUGGGUUUUUAUUGGCAAUGUUUUUAAUUCUGUUUCCUUUCAUAGUUGUGUGUGUGUUGUGUACAUGUACAUGCUGUCGUAUGUUGCAUAAUGAGCUAUAAUUAUACAAGCGUGACAGGAUGCAUGACAAAAUAAUGCAAUGGUUUUUAUUAUCGUGUGUAAAGGUACGGCUCUUAUUGUGUAAAGAACAAUCAUUUUCAGAUAUUUCAGUCACAAACAUUGUACUGGAUGAUCAUGGAAAUUAAAGAUGCACUAAA